AUGCCGCGACCACCUCCAGCCAGGUAAAGUUUAGGUUUUUAUCCUACUUUGUUGGCUUUGAGCUGAUUUUUUCAAAUGCUUUGGAUCUUGACCUAAAAUAAGGUGAAUCUGACUUCUUUUGUUCGCUGAGUGCUUGAAAAUUGCGGCCUUUUGUGUGAAAUAGCUAUGUUUUGGUCCAAGGAACCGUUCCGCUGGAAUGGUUUUCGGUUUAAUACGAUUUCAAUGGUCAAAUUGGAGCUGCUCCCUAGUGUAAUAUAAUUUGAUCUAAAAAUUGCCGAAUAAUGGAAAUUUUAGAUGGCGAUGGGUUUUAUAAUGCCGGAUAGUGAGCUUGAUUACUGUUUGGGUUUAUCGUGGACUAUAGUUUUCAGGGUUUUGCCGAUUUUUUCUGAUCCAAACUUUGAUCAAGUAUAAUGUAAUUUAUGUUUCUUUCCGCGUUUUUGCAGGCAUGUCCUUUUUUUGAAAGCUUGGUAGAAUGUUUUAGCAGCUAUUUGGUUGCCGUUCAAUUAAAAUUUGUUGUGUUUUGUUUUCUUUUUGGCAUCUUUAAUGUCUGAUGUCAAGUGUAAUGUGCUAUGUUUCUGCUUUUUUAUUAUCUGAAGAUUUUUUUGUUUUAUUAGAACGUCUGUGGCUUGUACUUACUAUUCUAGCCAUUUUCAUGCUUAUUUGCGCCUAUUUUACCUAUUUUUUCCGUUUUUUGAUCAAAUGCCAAGAGUAACAUAAUUUUUCGUUGAACUACCUAAAACUCUAAUGUUGUUGCAUUUCAGGAUGUGUUGUGGGUCGUUGAUAUGCAGCUGCCUGUGCUGUCGUUGUUGUCGGACAAACAUUCACAGCGAUGGGAAGAAGCACAAGUGCUGUAAACUGGACAAAAAGCUCGGAAAGAACCCAGGAAAGCCCAUUGUGGUGCCAUUGGUGCGACGGGCCAUAUACGCUCUUCCUGAUCUGAGGUGGGGAUUUUGAAUUUGAUUGGAAUUCUCUUGAGUUUUAGUUCCCAAAAAUUUUGAUGUCUAAUGCAAUAUAGGUCAAGAAUACAGAGUAUGUCUUGCGUAUUCAGUGGUAAUAUUGCACAAUAGUGUUAUGUAAUAUCAACCAGGCUGGUAACUAGAGCGCCCCAAGUGUUUGGCGAUGUUAUAGUAGCCGUGCUCCUAUAGUGUAGUGGUUUGGAGGCUUCUUGUCAAUCCAAAGGUCCCGGGGUCGAAUCCGCGUGGAGUAAAACGAUAAAAAGUUUGCGUUUUUGUUGCGAAAACGUUGUAAAAUAGUAAAUAAUUACGUUUCCUCGAAACUUUUAACAGAAUUAUAAAUAUAAAAGCUUCCAAACCUAUAAAUAAUAUCGAAAACAUCAGUAUACUACAAUAAAAUGUUAAAACUCUGUUAAAAACACCUGAGAACGCCUAUUUUCUCUCUGUUUAAUUCCCAGAACCGACUGUUUCCCGAUUUGUAGGCUUACUCAGCUCUUGCAAAAAGAGAAACUCUCCAAAUGACGGGUGGAAACAGGGCUGGGACAAAAAAUCCCCGCUCUUUUACGGAAUGAGACAUUACUCAUCGGUGUUGUUGUCAAUUUUCCGCGAAUUACACCCCGAAUUCGGUGUGAUGUUGCUGAGUAACGCGCCGGCCGCCAACUUUUUCGUUCGUUUAUCGCUAUAGCAAAAGUUUAUCAGCCCUUUUCGACUAUUUAAACCCCGAUUGCUUUGUCUAAAAUUUCAUAAGUUGAGCUUCUCUGCUCCAUUGAUGGGGCCGCACCCUGUGGACAGCACUUUAGACGAUAUUUCCGGGCUGUUCAUUCACAAUCACAUGAAUCAGCGAGCGUUUUUUUGUGUUUAAUAUCACAAACAUGAUAUUCUUCAUGACUUUUUGAUGUUUCCUCUUUCGUUUUACGACCAGAGAAUCGAGUUUUCAACGGUGAAUACGAUGUUUUGGCCGGAAUAUUUCGUUACGAUAACGAAUAUGUUGCAUUGACUAAAAAUUUUUGCAUAUUUUACGAUUUUUGAUGUUAUUUUAGAUCAAAUGUAAAAAUUUUUUGGUAUUUCAGCGGCAUGGACGUCCUCCAAAUCAUCCUCGACAACCCGAAUGGCUGGUUUUAUCCCGGCAACUUUGUCUCGGGCACCGUAAUCCUUCGAACUUCCGAGCCGGUCAAAGCCCGCGCCGUGGAAGUCAUCUUCCAAGGUAAAGCCAAAACCUCGUGGUAUGUCAGCGAAAGUUAUCGACAGUAAGUUUCUUUACUUUUUAUUUUAUCUUUCACGCCCGUUUUUGCCAGGGGUGGUCAGCGGACCCUAUUUUUCCGAUUUUCGGCCCGCGGCCCGGCCCGUCUAAUUGACCGGCCCGGCCCGUCUAGUCUUUUUCCAGGCCCGGCCCGGCCCGGCCCGUGACGGGCCUGGCCCGGCCCGGCCCGGCCCGUGCAGGCCCGUCUAUAGAGGGUUCUGCGAACUGCGCCCAGGCUCGGGAUCUAAACUGAGGCAAAAAAGGCGUUGAUCUAGCUAGUAAAGGAUCAAUGUGAUAGCUUUGUGGUUCUAUAAUUGAACUAUAGACUUGUAAACGUUUUAGAACUUGAGAAACAGCAACUAUAACAACAUCAAUUAAUUUUCCCGGCGCGAAAACAAUGAAUGCCAACGGUUUGGCAUUGUAUUUUAGACGGGCCGGGCCGGGCCGGAAAAAACCCCAGGCCCGCGGCCCGGCCCGGCCCGGCCCGUGACGGGCCCGGCCCGUGACGGGCCCGGCCCGUUUGUCAAUUUCCAUUUUUGAGGCCGGCCGGCCCGUUUGGGCCGGGCCGGGCCAGCCCGGCCCGCUGACCACCCCUGGUUUUUGCCACUUUUGAUCUGAGAGAAACACUUGACCCAAAAUGUGUCAAGUCUUCCCAUUAUUGUAAAUGAUGUUGAAAUAAUAAGAAAUAAUUUCAGUGAAGGAAAAUUGCACACGGAGAACGUCCUGUACUCAUCGGAAAUCAUGUACGUCAAGGAAAGCAAAUGCGUUUGGGCUCCGCCGCCAGGACAAAAACACUUGCCAGUGGGCGAAAUGAGAUUUCCCUUCCAAUUUCACAUCCCUCCCAAUGCUCCACCGACUUUUGAAGGUGAGUUUGGAAGUUUGGAGACUGCGGAUGGCUAAUUUUGAAGGUUUGAGUAGUUUUGGGUCCAAGAGAAACAGUUGACUCUUUGGGUCAAGUGUUGCCCUUGGUUGAAUAACCAGGAAAAUGGAGCUGGAUUGUGAUUUAGAAGUUUUGGGAGAGUAAAAUACGACCUUGUUACUGUUCUUUCGAUAAAAAAAAAAUAUAUUUUGUUUUCGAUUAGUCGAAUUGUAAAAAUAACAUGAUUUUUUCAGGUUCCUUUGGAUUCAUCCGCUACUUCAUCAAAGCCAAAAUCGACCGCCCGUGGAGGAUCGACAACCGUCACCAAGUCGGAUUCACCGUUCUUCCCCAUUUUGAUCUCAACUCUCUGCCUUAUUCGGGAUAUCCAUUGCUCCGAGAUAGUCAUCAAGAAAUUGGAUGUUGCUGCUUCAAACAUGGUCGUCUUAUGAUCCGAUUGAUUGUCCAAAAGAGUGGAUUUGUUCCAGGAGAAUUGAUCCCGGUUCGAGUGGAAAUCCAGAAUCAUGCCAGCAAAGGGGUUAAGAAGAUCCUUACCGAGGUGAGUUGGGAAGAUUUAUGAGAGUUGGGAGGUGUGGAAAAAAUUGGUUAUUGGUUUAGAAGGAAUUUUGGCCAAGGGGGACACUUGACCCGAACUUUGGAAAUUGGGUCAAGUGUUUCUCUCUGCUGAUUUUGGUGGCGAUUAAUGGGGGAAAUGAAGUUGUAAUGGGUUUUUGAUGAAUUUUUGGGUCUUUUUGGUUUGAAAAAAUUGUCUUUCCUCACUUUAUUCAACCUUAUUUUACUUCUAGGUCUACCAAAUCCAACAUUUCACCGCCGAACGCUGCUCCAAUCGUGUCGUCUACGUUCCCCACAUCCAACAGCACGCGAAUAUGCUGCAAAAGGAACACCGUCAAGUUGUUGCAACCACUCAAAAAACCUUCAACGAGCCUCGAGUCGGCAAUUGGACCUUCGAAGAUGUCCUCCAGUUGACGCCCGUCGUCCCGAGUUUCAAUAUUUGUCAGAUCAUCCAAGUCGAUUACAUCAUCAAGGUCAGUGUGGUCACAACGAGCACGUUUUAUUCGACUGUCGCGGCUGAUGUCCCAAUGCUGGUGGGCUCGAUUCCGGUUAGAAAUAUGAUUGCAAUGCCUGCGGAGGGGAUUCGAACCGGAGAUACGCUGGUACCACCUCAACCGUCAGCUCCACCACCGGAUUAUGUUCCACAGGUAGGUUUUUUUGGGUCUUUUGAGGAAUUUUUUUAAAGAUUUGCGAAGAGUUUGGGGAAGAGGGGAAGACUUGACUCAUUCUGGGAAGAGUUGACUUAAAAACGGAUGGAUUGGAAUGUUCUAUUCUGUUUUUGUUUUGGAAAUAUGAAGCUGUAUUGUCAUGGAGACCAGAUUACAUAAUUUUUCUAUGAAUGAGACAAGUCUGCCGAAUUUUGGGUCAAGUGUUCCUCGAGUUGACAACAGUUGAAUAUAAAGGUAUUUUUCGUGUCAUAAGACAUUAUUAUGACGUGAUAAGGCAGAAAAUUUUGUACAUACAAUGAUGGAGUUAUAUAAAAUUUCAUAAAGCUACGAUUUCUCACAUUUUUGGGUCAAGUCUUACCCUGGAUAUUUUUUUUCUCAAUUGUCAAAUAAAUUUGUAAAUUUUUGGCCAUAAUGUUUCAUUUCCAGCUCAUGCCAGCCCAAGUCACCUCUACCUUUGUCACCGAUGACCCAACCAAUGAGGAGAAGGCCCCAGAUUACAAGCCUCAGUACUUCUUUUAUCCACCAGCUGUCCCGGAUAAUUCGACUCCAAAUCCAAGUGCACCAAUCGGUGAAGGCGCUGAAAUUGGUUUCAAAGAGGUACUCUAAGCGAGCACCGUGCACGGCGUUGUUGGUUUUGAUGGUUUACACAAAAUUUUGUCGAUUUUUUGAAUGUUUUUGGAUGUGUUUUAGCAUUUUUUGAUGGUCUUGGUCUGAAAUUUUGAAUCUUUUGUUUUUAGUUGAGUGCGGUCUAGUCUAAAAUUGCGAGUUGUUGGUCUGCUAUUCUUUUUUUGAGGUGCUGAGAUGCGAAAGUCUUUGAUUGGUUCGAGAUUUUUUGGGUUUGAGCACAGUUUUUAUAUUACACUUGGUCUAAAAUAUUGUCUUUUUUCUACAGAAGCCAAUGGAUAAUGGAAAUAUGGUUGGAGCAUUUGGUGAACAAGGGAAUAAGAUGAAAAUUGGAAGCGGAUUCGAAGAGUCUGAUGCAAUGAGAAGAGUGAAAAAAGCCUUGGAAGAAAUGGAGAUGACGGAGAAAAAGGAUGAUGAAAAAGAAGUGGAAGAAGAGAAAAUUGAAGAGGAAAUGGAAAAAGAAAGGCUUUUGGAGAAGGAAGAAGGUGAUGGGAAGAAAGUGGAAGAAAUUGGAAAGGACGAAGAUCUCGAAAUGAUUGAUGUCAUGGAUAAUAUAAACGAAGGUGAAGAUUUGAAACAAGAGGACUUGAUGGAGAAGAAGAGCCCUUCUAAAGAUCCGUAA